AUGGCAUAUGUGUCCGCCUUGACGGCAACGUCGCUACACACUCGAUGCAUCGAGUAUGAGGACGAUAUCACGUUGGCAUACAAUAUCGACGAUGUGUAUGACCUGUCGAACGAGAUCUUGGGCGAAGGCGGGUACUGCGUCGUGCGCAAGGCGCGGCACCGCGGGACGAACGAGGUGGUGGCUGUGAAAGAACUGUCGAAGAAGGACACGUCGUCCAAGGACUUUUGGACCGAGGUCGAAAUGCUGCAUAUUGCGGGCUCGCAUCCCAACAUAAUGUCCCUCCGCGGUGUCUUCGAGAACGAUACGACAUGGUAUAUUGUUCAGGAGCUAGCGAACGGCGGCGAGCUAUUCGAUCACCUCGUCGCGAACGGCGCGUACUCGGAAAAAGAAGCUAGUGUUGGUAUGCGAGACUUAUGCCUGGCCAUGGUGCAUCUGCAUCGCAAAGGGAUCGUCCACGGCGAUGUCAAACCCGAGAACAUCAUGCUCUGCCAAGACCGCAUGUGCCUCGUGGACUUUGGCGUGUCCUUCCGGCUCGGCGAGCGGCCGUCCAACAUCCCAUUGCAGGCCACAACUGCGUACUGCGCGCCAGAGUCACUCGCAGCGAGUCUUCACCACGAGUUCGUCAGUGGCCCGGAAGCCGACAUGUUUGCGCUCGGUGUCGUGCUGUACAUUUUGCUCUGUGGGUGCCAUCCCUUUGACAUCCACAACACGCUAACCGACGACGAAAUCGGUCAGCGCAUCUUGAAGGGCUCGUUCAACACAACGAUUCGGCCGUGGAAGCGCUUGACACCAGAUGCGCAAGACCUCCUCCGACGCCUCCUCGAGACGGAUCCUCAAAAACGCAUGACGGCAGAGCAAGCACUGGCGCAUCCGUGGCUAUCCCCGACUAACGCCACCAUCUCCACACUCAAACGGCCAGCCACAGCCCUCAAGCGAUUCCAGCGCGGACGAAAGCGUCUCCGCGCGAGUAUUCUGGCGGUGCUUUUGCAAGGCGGCGACUCGGUUGAAGAUCGAGAUCCGUCCAAGCUGAAAGAACUAGCAAGGGGCCUGAGCUCGAAGCCAGAAGCAGCCGCGCCGAAAGCAGCCAUCGUCGCCUCUGCACUGGGUGUGUUUGACCGGGACAACAAGGGGUACAUCUCCAGGUCGGAUUUGAAACGGGUCACGUCGGAGCUGGGAAACGAGUUGUCCGAUCACGAAAUCCGAGACAUGAUCGGGUCGGCGGGAGGGGACCCCGAAGCCGUCCACCUCAAGCAGAAGCUGCAGUACCAGGACAUCCAGCGCGCGAUAUCGAGCCUCCGGUCGGCGCUUUAUGCAGCGGGCGACACAAUAUCGGAGGAAGGGGCGGUUGAUCCGCACUUUUAUGUGCUCAUGGAAGGCAAUGUGGACGUCGUUUGCAGGAAUGCCGUCACCCCCACGUCGAGUGUCGACGAUACCACGGACGACCACCGGCAAAUAUGGCUGCGAACACUUGCGGCGGGGGAUUACUUUGGCGUGAUGGAGCUGCUCGCUCCGGACGGGACCAUCCACCCCCGCGUUUCGUCGUAUCGGUGCAUGUCUCGAACGUGCAAGGUCCUCAAGCUCCUCGUCGACGACUUCUCCACCGUUAGCGCCAUCUACAAGUCGAUGGACGACAGGUUUCAGGACCAUGCUCUCCACCAAGCCCACACACAGAUUAUCAAAUGCAUCGAAGAUGCCCACGGACAUGUGCAACGCCAGUCGUACGAUGCCGACGAGGUUGUGUACAUGCAGGGCGACGACUGCGACUCGUAUUUCAUCGUGACGAGCGGCGCCGUUGUCGUCGAGAAGGACGGCGUGGUUGUUGAGCGGCUUGGUGCCGGCGACUGCUUCCCCCUCGGGGUAGUGUCUCGUCCGCAAAUUCGCCAAGCAAGUGUGCGAGCGACGGAGCCGACGACGGUGGUGGAGAUCCAAGGCGCGACCUUUCGAAGUUUCCUGUGCAGCUACCGCUUCAUGAUGGCGUACUUUGAAGACCAGGCACAACAGCGCAAAGCCCAACGACAUGUUGCAUGGAAGCAGAGCGGCCCCACGGUCGGGGGCGCCCAGUAG